UUCUUUUGCUGAUGUGCGCAAAGUGAGAUCAGCUCCAUGAUGCUGUCCUCCUCCGCCGCUGGAGUUGUUCUAGUCUUAGCUUGGAUUUAUCCAAGUCACGCGCUCUAUUUCCACAUAGGAGAGACGGAAAAGAAAUGCUUCAUUGAAGAGAUUCCGGACGAGACCAUGGUUAUCGGAAAGUACAGGACUCAGCUGUGGGACAAGCAGACUAAUUCCUUCCUCCCAGCCACGCCUGGCCUCGGGAUGCAUGUUGAAAUCAAGGAUCCAGAGACAAAGAUUAUCCUCUCUCGUCAAUAUGGGUCUGACGGACGGUUCACUUUCACCUCCCACACUCCUGGAGAACAUCAGAUCUGUUUGCACUCCAACUCCACCAAGAUUGCUCUGUUUGCAGGAGGAAAACUGAGAGUGCAUCUGGAUAUUCAGGUCGGAGAACACACCAACAACUACCCUGAAAUUGCAGCUAAGGACAAACUCACGGAGCUGCAGCUGCGAGUCCGACAGCUGCUGGAUCAAGUGGAGCAGAUCCAGAAGGAGCAGGACUACCAGAGGUAUCGGGAGGAGCGGUUUCGCAUGACAAGCGAGAGCACCAACCAGCGUGUUCUCUGGUGGUCCAUCGCUCAGACACUCAUCCUCAUCGUCACCGGCAUUUGGCAGAUGAAGCACCUCAAGAGCUUCUUUGAGGCCAAAAAACUGGUGUAAUGUCUGUCUGAGCCCCGGCAGCAUUAGGAAACCAGAUAAACACGAGUAGACGGACAGUCUGGAAUGGAGCGACGCCUCACAGUGCAAGAAACACCCAGGAUGAGAUGCACUCCUGAUAUCAGCCACUAAAUGGUACGAGGAAAUCCACAAAAGGCACUUAUCAAUCCUGAGUAAAACAAAAAAAAGUUAAGCUAUUGUUAUCAUACAACACAGUAGCACAACAUUCCAAUUGCCUUUUUUUCAUUGUGUUUGUUGCGUUCUCCUGACAACACUGGACAUGUCUUGUUUUCUGUCCUCUGGUCAAGAAGAAGCAGAGACAUUAGUGAGCUGGGAUUGUUUUUAAGGUCAGAAAGGAGUGAAUGACUGCUGUAAUAGAUAUGUAGGAAGGAGAUUGUUAAAGCUGUUACACGUUAGGACCCAGUGCUUUAUUGAUACAUGCCUUUUAAGUAGGCCAAUUUUAUUCACUGUUAUGUUGCACGGAGUUUUAGUACCAGGCCUUUUUUAUUUUUUGUUGAUAUAUUUUAUUUUCCCUAUUUAUAAUACAACAAAAACAAUGUACAGAAACACUUCAAGGGCAGACACACACACACACACACACACACACACACACACACACACACACACACACACACACACACACACACACACACACACACACACACACACACACACACACACACACUCAACAACAGGUGAGGUGACCAGCUUCUCUAAACCACUUGAGAGCAUAUUUACAAAGAGAAAUAAAUAAAAAACAUAUAAUUGCCGUCAUGGGCUUUUAUUCCAAGCUGACAUGAUCAGACUCAAAGAGCCUAUGUGGCAACCAGGGGCGGAGCCAGACGCUGUAAGCAGCCCACACCCAGGGGUGUGUUGGUGCUUCUGCCUAUGGCAAGAUUUUUUUUUUCCCCUUCACGGCAGCUAUAUGCACUUUUUUUCAAGAAUUUUCCGAUAAUUGAAUGCCUAAAUCAUUUGGGGAAAAACACCAUCCUGUAGAGCCUACAUCCUAUAUAUAUAUAUUAUUUUUUAAUAGAAUUUCUUCUACUGUCUUCGUCAUCCUGAAACCAUAAAAUAUCAACUGUUGAGGAUGAUUCAUGUUCACUCCUGCCACCUAAAAAGAGGCAAAAUUGUCUGAUUUUACAUCACAUGUAAAGUAUAGCAGGAAAGUGUCAACAUCACCUUGAUUAGACUCCUCACCUUCCUUUUCAUACGUAUGUUUCACUAAGAGAAAGGCUGAUCCAAUCUAUUUCCAGGUUUUCUAACUCUACCCUGUCGGCUCUCAGCAGUGUUCAUCAAGUGGUCUCACACAUGCAAAUAUUCUACCUUGCAUCCUUACAUGUCAAUUAGAUAACACUUUACUUUGAAGCUCGUAUUUAGCAUGCAUAAUAUAAACCCUUAAUUAACGGUUUAUUACACACAGUAAUACAGUUGUAAGCAACAUUGAGGACAUUUUUAAGUGUUCAUUAAUGUAUUUGUGAACAAUUAUAGCCUCCCAUGACGCAUUUGUAGCUGAUGAAUUACUCAUUAAUAACAGUGUAACAAAAGUGUAAUCUAACACACUAGGGUCCUCGGUGUGUUAUAAAACAUGUAUUAACUGUUUAUACACAAGAACGUUUCAUUCACAGACUGUGUAAAAAUGUGUUCAAAUCUCAUUAAGACUUAAAGGUUCAUUCUUCAUUUCAGACCGAGCAUUUUCCACUUACUAGUUUUUCUUCCAGAGCUUUCAGCCUCAGCAGCUUAUGGAGUAGGCUUCCUUGUGUUUGAGGCUGAAGAAGAUUUAAGUAAAUACUUAAUGAAUACAACAAAAUACAUAGUUAAUGCAAUCAUUCUAAUAACAAAUACCUCGUGUUCCAUAUAUCCCUCAUUAUGUGUUUAUACCUCAGUCUCAAAUGCUCAAAGGAGAAGUUAAUUAACACAUUGUCCUUAUAUCUUCUUACAACCAAAUUAAGUGUGUAUAUAAUGAUGUAAAUGUGUAAUGGAGGUUCUUAAUGAUGUGUUGCCAUCCUUCCUUCUACUGACUGUAUAUAGUUUCUAGCUAGAGUUCUGUUUGCUGUACAGUUUACCAGAGCUAGGUCUGUAGAUACGGUUCGUGAUCGGCCUCUCUCAGUAACAGCAUUCUCCUGUAUGUUGUAAAUAACAGUGUGUUGACUGUUUUCUAAUGCCUUUUACACAGAUUGAAUGUGUUUUGUUUUUUUCCAGUUGUGUCACCAGGUUUUUUUGUUUCCUCAGUGUCAUAAAACAUAUUUAUUGA